AUGGCUUCAUUUACGUUUGGCAGCUUUGGUGAUAUAAUUACCUUGACGCAGAUUGCAUACAAGUUGUACGAUGCAAUUGACAGCAAUGGAAGUAUCGCUCAACACAUUUCCGUGUCGAAAAAGGACCUCCAAACCUUCCUCGGCGUGUGCGCCUCGAUUGAGCGGGCCUUUCGUGGAGGCACCGCCAUGAGCGAGGAUGAUGUGGCGGCCAUGAGACAAGUGAUUGAUGAUUGCCAUGAAUGUAUCAACAGUUUUCAAAAAUACCUCGACAAGUUCAAUGACCGUCGCCAGCGCGUGAGGCUCGUGCGCCGAGUCCAGUUCUCGCUGUUCAAAAAGGACAAGAUAACUCAAUUUGAAACCCGCAUGCGGCAUCAUGGUGAUAUGCUCGGGCUGAUGCAGGCCAAAUACUGUUCACAGGACCUCAAGGCGCAUAUCACCAAUUCACUAGAGCCCUGGGACCAGAAACCGAUGCGAUUUCAGGAUGCCCUCGGUCGCCGUUAUCCGGUACCGCUGGAAGUCUGCAAUACUUUUGACGGCUUCUUGAGCUUCCUCGAAUUUGCGUUCAAAUCAGAUUCAUCUAUCCACUUGGCAGUACAACAACAGCGAUUCUGGCUCAUUACGCCCAAAUCUUGGGAUUCGCAAAGUUGGUACAUUGUCCAAGAAGGCGACUGGAAGUCUAUAGCCAGACCAGGCGCUCAGCUUGGCAUGUCCAUUGUCACUCUGAAGCGACUCAAGGCAGAUGAUCGUUAUCGAAAACUCAUCAUGCCCGACACGACAAACAAGCUCCCCGAGAUUGAGGUCCAAGACAAGGAUGUAAAAGAGCCCGAAGAAACAGAGUCCGAAGACUUUGACUCUACAACCAAGGAUGAAGAAGCAAGUGAUGGUGAAGUCACACCUCCCAUACAGAUGGACGAGGUCAUCGCAAGCCUCAAGUUUGACGAACCAAUGCCACCAUGGGCGCCGUAUGAUCCCAACACCAAUUUUCAACUGUUAUCACCCAUGGAGGAGCUACCAAGCUACGCAUUUGUGGACGAUGACGACGAAUUGUGGCUUGGCUGCUAA